CUCCACGCUCGACCGCUCUAAUAAAAGCGCACCGUCGCGGAUGCGGUCUUUCUUGAGAAUAGUUCGUUGAUGAAAACUCCGAACAGAGCAAUACUAACACGAGAAGGCCAAGUUUCGACCGUUUUUCAAUCUGAGGGCUUCAAGUAUUCCGCUGUAUUCCUGGUCUCCCGGCGUAGAAAACAUUCGUUGACACGCGAUAAAGAGAGAGGCGUGGCUCAGCAGGAAUGGACGUUCGUAAUGUGGUCUGGUGGAUCAGGACAGUUCUUACAGUCUUCCUUAGUCUGGACAUAGACCUUGUGUUUGUGAUGGGAGGUCAGAGUGAGGUGGAGAAACACCUGGCUGAAGGAAAGAGACUCCUGCAAGAAGGACAGCUCUCUGAUGCCCUCUACCACUAUGCCGCUGCAGUCGAUGGUGACCCCUCUAACUACCUGACUUAUUUCAAGCGAGCAGCAGUGUACCUCGCAAUGGGGCAGACCAAGAAAGCUCUGCCAGACCUCACUUCCUCCAUUUACCUCAAACCUGACUUCCUCCAGGCCAGGGUCGAGAGAGCCAGCACUCUGCUGAAGAUUGGCAAACUAGAUGAUGCAGUGGCUGACUAUACAGAACUGGCAACAGGCUCCUCCAGUAUGGCUGUUGAUGCUCAGACUACUCUGGCAGCUAUUCCUAAUAUCAAGACCAGUGUGGAGAUGGCAGAGGCUCUGAUCAACAAACAUGACUACAGAUCAGCAGUGGAGAGACUGGGAGAGGCCAUUGAGUUCUGCCCGUGGGACGUCCAUUUGAGGGAGCUGAGAGCUCAGUGUUAUGAGGCUAUUGGCAUGCUUCAGUCAGCCAUCAGUGACAUAAAAAUGAUGAGUCGCUUGGUCCACGAUAAUACGGAUGCCUUCCACAGGAUGAGUCUGCUCUACUAUCACAUGGGGGAGGCUGAGGACUCUCUCAGGGAAAUACGAGAGUGUCUAAGACUGGAUCCUGACCAUAAAGUAUGCUUCCCUUUCUACAAGAAAGUGAAGAAGUUGGAUAAGCAGCUCAGAACUGCAAGUGAAAUGAUCCAAAACCAAGAUUACAGCGGAGCAGUGACAAAACUGGAGACAAUUCUGACAACAGAUGAACUCUCAGAGGCCCUGAUAUUGCAUUGCAGUGUCAACCUCUGCCACUGCCACUCAAAGCUGAAGAACCUGAAGGAGGGGGAGGAGUGGUGUGGGAAGGUUCUGGAGGUGGAACCAGAGUCAAUUGAUGCUCUCUGUGACAGGGCAGAGCUCUACAUCAGGCACCAGAUGUAUGAGGAGGCAGUCAAAGACUACCAGACAGCCAAUAGCAUCGAGGACCACCCCAACAAGGUUAACGAAGGUCUGGAGAGAGCUCAGAGAUUACUUAAACAAUCUCAGAAGAGAGACUAUUACAAGAUACUAGGAGUUUCAAGAACGGCCUCCAAAGGAGAGAUCAACAAGUCCUACCGCAAGCUGGCCCAACAGUGGCACCCCGAUACCUAUGAUGGAGAAGACAGAGCUAAAGCUGAGAAGAUGUUCUAUGACAUUGCAGCAGCUAAAGAGGUCCUCACUGACCCAGAGCUUCGUGAGAAGUUUGACAAUGGAGAGGACCCUCUGGACCAUGAGGCUCAGAACCAGAAUCCCUGGGGUCAACACGGAGGUCCCUUUGGCCAUGGACAUGGCUUCACUUUCAAAUUCAAGUGGCAAUGA